ACUGCUGAAGAAGCGCUGUGAAAGCUACGAGGAACUGAAGAAGGAAGUGGAAGAGCAACUUCAAAUUCACCAAAAACUUCAAGAUAACUUACUAGCUGGUUUUCUUGUGGGUUUUGUGAUUAUGGUUCUCAUUUGUAUGCUGCCAAGAACAUUGUUAGCUUCUGGAUAAUUGUUCCAUUAACUGCAAAGACUAUGAGCUAUAUUAAAAAGAGAAGGACAUGAUACUAAAGUAAACUAGUUGGCAUCAUAAAGCGGUAUUUCAUGACUGUCUAUUUCUUGAAGCCAGUGUAAUGAAAAGAUAUUAUCAACCGUGGUACUUUGAUAAAAGCAAGAGUAUUAGUUAAGCCAAUCACAACGAGAACCAACGGGCAAAUGAAUUCGAAUCAGAGCGAUCAUCAGGCAAAACUCGUGUUGCCGUCGCUCCGCACGAGGUCUAUAGGCCUCAGUUCUCUCUCCCCCCCUGCCCCCCACCCCGUGCUUGGUCCUUAGGCCUAAGCACUAGCUCCGAUCCCGGAAACUUUGUCCAACAUUCGUUAUGCAUAUCAAUUACUUGGAUAAAUGAUAAUUACCGUAAAGGUAACAAUUUCUGAAAUUCAAACGCACACGAUCUAUCAAUGUACAAAAAAGAAGACAAAAAAACGCGAACUAACUCGAUGAAAUAAAUAAAUGUAAAUUUUAUUAUCAUCAAUAAAGGUAACUAGCUAUUACUAUUUUGAGUUGUACUAACAAUUCUCUUACUGUUCGGUACAACUCCAAAUUGUAAUAGUCGAUAAAACAGCUUCCAAAUGGUUUUAGAGGCGAAGAGACAGUAAGAAACAACAAAAAAAACACAAGGUAAGUCAUUUUUAUUUCUAUUUUUGCCAAAAAAUGGAAUUUAGGAUGUAUUUGUUUAUUUUCAUACAUUCUCUUGUACAUCAAAAGUCCAAACGAGUUGCUGAGAGAAGGUAAUAUGAUUGGCAACUGUAUGAGAUGUCAGUUCGGCUUCGUCAGACCAGAUCUCCAUAAGUUCUUUUUUUAAUUCUCUUUUUUCAUUUUCUUAUGACAACGUUAUUGUAAUUAGGUGUAUGCUGGCCGAAACUUACUGGCAUGCUCCGAGAAAUUUUCCAUCCGCCUGCAGCCAAACCCCACUUUCAGAAAUUUUCAUCAGAGAAUCAGGCUUGGAAAAUUGGACCGAUUGGGAGGCUCACUUUUUGCGAUGAUUUUUUUUUCUGGACAGGAAGUUUUUUUUAGCAUAAAGUAAAGUAGCCUUGGUUAAAUGGAAAUUUAAUUUAAACAUCAAAAACGAAAUUUAAAUUCAUUUAUAUACUAUAACCUUAAAUUCUUGCGGACUCAAGAUGUCACCGCGCGAAUUUUUGCCGGCUGUUUAAAUCCGGCCGUCACAGAUCCUUCAGUACCACCCGUUUCUGUCCUUUCCAUCUAAUGUAUUAUAAUUGUUUACUUGCACGAAAAGAUGAGACAUGAACAAAUAUAAAACAAAAAAGAGGAACAGAGAAAAAUACUACAUCGCUCUCUCAAACUUGACAGGCAGUCAUCACUGAUCGAGUGCCAGACUGAAAAGAUGCAUUCUUAAUUUGAGACAAAUUGAAUGGUCUUCUUGGAAGCAUUUCAGUGGCGAACCUUCUCUGCAUCUGGUGGCAGAUUUUUCUUUCGAUAGGAGAGGCAGGAAACUACCCUAUGAUCUAUCCUCCCUUCAUGUCUUUUAAAAUAUGGGUCAGUUGUUGGCGAAAUUCAAGAUUUGGCGUGAAAAAAAUCAGUCGUGGCACGAGACGACAGUACAAGGUAUAUAUUUAGCUUUAUCGGUCCGUUUACUGUGCGAACCAGAACAAUUCUUUCAAAUAUUUUUAUCCCCCUGGCAAGUUAUAAUCUUAAGCGAUACUUGCGUGUGACGAAAAUUCAAUUUUACAACAUAAAUUGCCGAGUGGGGACUUUACGUAGAAAGAGGUGUUUCAGUACUUUUAUUAUUAGUUCAUCGUCUUUUCGAGUAUUCUCUCCGUGAUUGAAUUUUGAUAUUGCACCAAAAAAAAACAUAGCACGUAUCCUUUUCUGUACCAGUUUAUAAAUUAAGAACUAACGAGCCUAACUGAUGAUCCAUGAUGCGAAUUUUUACUUACAGCUUCACCAAAAUGCACAACACAUUUAGAGCAAAGGUUCAGUGAUGUGCAAACAGAGAGGCCUGAGGCCGGGCAACAGUCUGUUGUCGAAUUAUUCAAGAAAUUGGAGCUAUUUGAGGUUACCUUAGAAAAACAACAAAAAAUUCUUCAGGAGCACAAUAUCAAGAUCAAAGAGAUGAAAGANAUCUGGUGGCAGAUUUUUCUUUCGAUAGGAGAGGCAGGAAACUACCCUAUGAUCUAUCCUCCCUUCAUGUCUUUUAAAAUAUGGGUCAGUUGUUGGCGAAAUUCAAGAUUUGGCGUAAAAAAAAUCAGUCGUGGCACGAGACGACAGUACAAGGUAUAUAUUUAGCUUUAUCGGUCCGUUUACUGUGCGAACCAGAACAAUUCUUUCAAAUAUUUUUAUCCCCCUGGCAAGUUAUAAUCUUAAGCGAUACUUGUGUGUGACGAAAAUUCAAUUUUGCAACAUAAAUUGCCGAGUGGGGACUUUACGUAGAAAGAGGUGUUUCAGUACUUUUAUUAUUAGUUCAUCGUCUUUUCGAGUAUUCUCUCCGUGAUUGAAUUUUGAUAUUGCACCAAAAAAAAACAUAGCACGUAUCCUUUUCUGUACCAGUUUAUAAAUUAAGAACUAACGAGCCUAACUGAUGAUCCAUGAUGCGAAUUUUUACUUACAGCUUCACCAAAAUGCACAACACAUUUAGAGCAAAGGUUCAGUGAUGUGCAAACAGAGAGGCCUGAGGCCGGGCAACAGUCUGUUGUCGAAUUAUUCAAGAAAUUGGAGCUAUUUGAGGUUACCUUAGAAAAACAACAAAAAAUUCUUCAGGAGCACAAUAUCAAGAUCAAAGAGAUGAAAGAUGCGGUUGCCAAGGUAGACAGAGGCAUUCAAGUAGAUAUAGGUAAACCACUGAGCGUCUUUUUAUAGUGAAAUAACUCGGCGUUAACCAAUUCUCCUCUGUGUGGAGAGGCUUAUACGUCUUCAAAUAUAAUUGUAAAAGUGAGCAGAAUUUUAAGGGACCUUUAACCUUACGUGGUGCCCUAGGAGGAACUACCCGCGUUUGUUGUGCUGCUGCACUUAGCCGCACGUGAUGCGUUGCACGUGUUGUUUACUUGUAUUGUAACAAUUUUACGCCAAAUUUAAGCCUUCAGCAGCUGCUUCGGUAUAUCGUUAUAUCGCCAGGAGCCCAUGGGCUGCUGAUAUCGCUUAUCAUUUAUACAAGUUUAAGUAACUUCUCUUAGGCGUCUACAAUUUGAAGGUAAAAUCCUUCCGAUUGCAAUCUUUUUGUUGUUUUUUUUCCGUUGUAGGGGAUCUGUUAACGGACCUGCACCUCCUUCUUUAAGGACAGUUUUCCUAGUCCCAAAGAUACCUGUGUAAACUUCAUAUUAUCCCUACCUCCCAAAUAAGGACACCUAUUUAUUGCGAACACUUGGUUUCUUCCUUGUCAGGUCCGUAAUAUAAAGAGACAUCACGAGACUGCGUGACUGAAGGGAGCGAGAGGAAUGAACGAAAGAGUCUUCCCUCCUUCAAAUCUCACCCUCAUAACCACCCGCUUAGAAAUACGUCUCGGUUAUUCGCAGUUCGCUAUAGGGGGUUCAGAGGGAAUCCAAGACAGUCUUGGAUUCUGGAUUCCAUACCGUGGAUUCCAGAUUCCAGGUACUGGAUUCCAGUCUUUGUCAGUGGAACUUGCAUUCUGGAUUCCAAUCGUUAAUGGGAUUCCGGAUUCCUUGAGCUGUAUUCCGGAUUCCAAAGCCCAAGAUUCCAGAUUCCACGCGUAAGAUUUCCCAGAUUUCGGAUUCCACAAGCAAAAGUUUCCCAGAUUCCAGAAUCCGGAUUCCCCUCUCCUACUUGUAAAUUACCAGCUAACGUUGCCUUCUAGAUCUGGAAGCUAGGAUUUUUUGCUGUGGGUAAAUAAAAAUCGUUUUCUCAGUAUUAAUUUAUUACUUUUUUAUAUUUCCAAAGGUCAAUGGGUGGAGGCUUUGCAGCUAAAACUCAAUGGAUGUGAAUUGCGGUUAAAUGAGCAAGGUGAAAAUCAACGAAAAAUGAAGAAAGAAUUAGAAGAGCAGGCCCAAAUCCAACAAAACCUACAAGAAAAUUUGAUGGCCGGUGUCAUUGUUAAUUUUAUGAUAAUGGUGGUGAUAUGUAUGCUGCCAAGAGCACUGCUCACUUCUAUGUAA